AUGGUCGGCAAAGUCAUGGAAUUUGAAGCCACACGCCCGAUCUUCGUCGAUGCAAGGCAUAGCACUUCAUCGCCGACGAUCCUCGCUCUCCUCCUCCAGAAGUUAAGCCCACUGAAUCCAGAAGAUAUGAUCGAGUUGGCCACCAAGAACAACAAAGGACUGUUUCGCGAUAUAUGUCUCUGGUGCGAAAGGACAGGCAAUCAACUAGUUACCAGUGAACACACCAGCGAAGAUGAAGAUAUUCAUUUUAUUAUGCAGAAAGGACAAGAGAGAAGCAGAUCCAAGAAAAUGGUUGCUGUGAUGUCGACGGCAAAUUUGGGGGCGGUUGUAGGCGUGUUGGAGAAAGCCGUUGGUGGAUGUGUACUGGGGAUGGACGUCAGCUUGUUCUUUGAUGGAACUGGAGUCCGGUUAUUGCAGACUGGCUAUCGAGCUCGAUGCCCAGGUAUCUUUGGCCGUUUUCGAACCAACAAAGUUGACAUGGCGUUGAAGAGGCAAGGAAGGCUGUUACCGAAAGAUGCGAUUGAGAUGCUAGAGGAACUCGGUGCGAACUUUUUUGUAUGUGGGCCGUCGCUGGAGACUUUUGGGGUACAGGAGGCGGAGAUUUCUGUAGCGAAGUAUGACGUUGUUUCAGGUGUCACGCUGGCAGACCUGUUGUCUCGCGGUGAUGUCAAUUUGUUCUCAGGAGGGGUUUCUGAGAGGCCAUAG